AUGGAGGGCUUACUUUUGAAUGAAGCAUUUGUCAGGUCUCCAGUAAACGCGUCGGAGACGUUGGCCAUCCGUGAGCUCAGCUUGCAUCAGCUGAUGGACAGGGAAAAAGAAGUAUUCAAAGGGAUACAAGCACUUGACUCGGAGAUGCAAACACUCGUUUAUGAAAACUAUAAUAAGUUCAUUGUAGCAAGCGACACGAUCUGCAAGAUGAAGGAAGAUUUCAAGCAAAUGGAAUCGGAAAUGAAAAGAUUGUCAAGCAAAAUGGGAGAAAUCACGUCUGCAUCCUCUGCUGUAUCUUCUGCUUUGAGGGAUCGCAGCGCGCAGAUUUAUAAGCUCUCCGAUACCAAAACAAUGUUGAAGAAGCUGCAGUUUUUAUUUGAUCUUCCCAAGGAGUUAUCUGCACGUGUUGCUGCCGGAGAAUACGGAGAAGCAAUCGAGUGCUACUUGAAGGCAAAACCAAUCCUAGAUGCGUACAGCUCUCUGGAUAGCUUCAGCGGUAUUUGUGCUGAUGCAAAUGCUACUGUUAAAGACUUGGAAGUACACCUAGUUAGUGCGUGCAUGGACGAGAAGGCUACUCCUGUAGACCUGAAGAAGCUAUGCUCGCAAUUGAUCAAACUUGAGCAAGAUCCUGUGCAAGUAGCGGAUUUGUUUCUGGACGCUGCAAAAGCUGGCCAACUGUCUAUUUCUAUGUCUGAACUUGAAGCUCAGUUGACCGAAGCCGAAAAGUGCAACAAUGCAGAAGACCUCGAUGCCUCUAAUCCAUUUCUGCCCAACGAGGAUUCUGACUUCCUUCAAUUUCAACCAUUUGUGGAACUGGCGUGUACAAGUUUCCUGAGUGAAGUUUGCAUAACUGUUGCGUCAUUCAAUGAUGUUUUCAUUGAUCCCUACAGACAUCAAGGACCGGAUCAAAUUGCUUGCGAAAAGCUCAAGAUAUUCGUUGAUGCCUUGAUGAAGAGAUAUUUACUCUGUGUGGAGAAAAGGGCUGCGAUUGAGGCUCGCCGUGAUCCAAAAGGCUCUUGUGAUAUCUUGGUUGAAGGGUUGGAUAGGUUCCACAGGCGAUUACAAGGUCUGAGCCAGCUUGUGCCUGGAACUGACUUUGGACGUCUGGGGAUGGAUUUCGUAUUGCGGGUGGCAUUAUUGCGCUGUGAGCAAGUGUCUGAAAGCGUUUGCCAGGACUUCUUGCGGAAAUUGCGCCAUGCUUGCACGGAUGUUACUCAGAUGAAUGGAUCUUCAAAUUUGAGUGUUCUCAUGGGAAAAAUUAUGAAACACAUCGGAGAUAGUUUGAAGAGAGCUCUUGAAGGAUUGCUGGUCUUCGUUGGACAAAGCGCUUUGUUUGCCGGGCAGCCCUAUUUCCUUCAGCCCUUCUGCUCCAAAGGGGUUCGCGAAGGAGUAGCUGUGAAGUUUUUCGUAUCGAUCACUGACGAAGUGAUGGGGGACCUGUUGAAUCCGGAUACGGGCAAGUGUUCUCCUGUUGCUCUCUUGCUGUUGUCAAGAUUGUGUCUGGAGCUUGAGAAAUCCACUGUUCAUUAUUUUCUCAACUUCGUGGAAGAGAAAUUUCCAAUAAGCGCGAAGACAUAUCAGAUGUCUUAUGCAGAAUUGUCCGGGAAGCUGAAGAAGGCGGCGCAAACUUUUCUGAACCGGUUCGUGUAUGUGCAAGGUUGUGAGCUUUCGCAAAUGGUUUGCCUUUCAAUCAGUGCCCGAGACUGGUUGAGGUGCGGCGAGCCCCGAUCUGUUCGGCCAGCUAUGAAGCGCAUAGUGGAGGAACUUUCAGGGAUGGAAACUUUGGUUGGUAUGCUUUACGAGGAUGGUCCUGCUGGAAAAGAUCGAAGUUCCGAAUCCAGUAGACGCACAUAUUACAGUUACUUAGCAGGAUCUGGAAGCAAUGCGAGAAGAGGGAACUAUUCAGUUGGACCUCCUGCUCCGGGAAGACUUGGAAGUACCUGGGGUGGUGCCUCUGAUUUGGAACAUUCAUUCCUUACGAAUUUGCAUAAGUUAUUCUCAGAUCGCAUAGAGGUUUAUGCCGAAACGGAAUGGAAUCGCGCGGGAAUCAUGACUGGAGUGAUAAAAAUUACCCUCAAGACAUUCUUCGAGUACAUCCGACUUCAGACGUUCGGGAAGUUUGGAUUGCAGCAAAUACAGGUUGAUGCUCAUUACCUGCAGUUGUACUUGUGGCGUUUUGUUGCCGAUGAAAAUUUGUUGCGCAUGUUGUUGGACGAGGUGGUCACAAGUGCUUACCAUCGCUGUGUGGAACCCGCACUUAUGGAGAACAGCAUCGUCGAGGCAAUAUGUCAUCAGGCUGGAUGAUUUGUGUUACAAUUACUUAGGCACAGUGUGAUGCGAUAUUUGAUUGUGGCCAGUUGAAUUAAUGUUGCGGUGUGUGGGUUAUUUUGAAACUGCGUUGAAGUGCAUGAACCCCCUGUCCCGCCAAAAAAACCCGGGGGCAUCAAACAAAUCCUCAAUGUCAGAGAAGCUUUGACAUGCCGACCUCGGGAAGAAAUGAUAAAAAAUAAGGAAUAGUCAAGCAUUGAGGGCUUUCACUUUCAGUUCGACCCAAGGAGUACAGUGCCGCGUACGGAAGAUGAAGCCGAAAGAAAACCGCGCGAGAGGCUUAAACCGUCCAGGAAUGCUGAUCAACACUUUUUUCAACAACCGGGGCCAGCAACCCCCUGAGUUAACAAACGUCUUCCAUUCCAGUGGACGGACUUCUCGCCAGAGCUCACAUGUGAGCUGCCAAAUUUACGCUGGCUCCCCCUUCCCCCUACCUCACUCCCUGAACCCAUCACUCUCUCCUUGAAGAAAAAUUAUGAGAGACUUCAGAAGGCCUGUUUGAAUAGGUAUAAACAGUGUAGUGGGAGAAGUACUAUCAACAACUAAUAUAAUUAAUAUUCCUUUUAAUAAACCUUAUGGCUUUACUGAAGGUUCUCUUUUCAUAACUCUGAUUAUAAAAGUUGAGUACAUGCAAUGAUACAUUGUCUGAAUUAAAUUUGCUAUUAAAGGGUUCUUGUACUGUAUUUAUUUGCAUUUAUUCUUAAUGCUGCCCUUCCUAUGGAC